UGACAGUGACAUUACUGACAUUUAGCUGGACGUGCGUGUUGUUGAUUCGUGCUUGUUUUGUUAUUAUUUUUCCAUUGUUUUUUGUUUUAUUGAGAAAAAAAUUACUGCAGUUCAAGAUCACAUUUUGAUUUCCAUUUUACCGACUAAUGGUUUAGUCUGUUAUCCAGAUUGGUUGUGCACUUAGAUGUCUAAUUAAAUUCAAGCGACUGUGUUGCAGCGAAACUAUUUAGUCAUAAUAAUAGCCAAAAGAUGGCGAUUCAGAGCAAAUUAGCCCCGAUACCGUCCACAUGUAUUCAGUACGUACAUCCCUGGACCGAUUCCUGUACGAUAGCAACAGCUGGACUGAUUCUUCAAGCAGCCCAAGAUUCAUUUCGGAUCUAUUCAGCUGUGUACACGAUGUCCCUUUUGAUGCGAUGUCGCAUACCCAAAGCGGUCGAUCUGAAACGAACGGUGCAGGGAAUUAUUCAGUCGACUGCAUUUCUAACGACUAGCGCAUUUUCGUACUGUUUCUUCCUGUGCAUCAUUCGACGCUUCUUUCGAUAUAAUUUCUUCACCGUUUCGUAUGUACCGGCAUUUAUGUCCAGCGUCUGUGCGUUACUGAUUGAACGACCAUCACGGCGCGGAUUAUUAUCACUGUAUGUAUCGAACGUUGCCACAGAGACUCUUUUCAACAUGGCUGUCUCUCGCGGAAUGGUAACGCCAAUCCGAAAUGGUCAGGUGUGGAUCUUUGGCAUUAGUGUAGCCGCCAUCAUUUACUAUUUCCGCAGCGGGAUGCAUCAUCAGCAUAAUGAUUCGAUAUUUGAUAUAUUGCGAUUCGUGCUUACUGACAGUGAAGAGUAUAAACGAGUCGAUCCAGCGAGAAAUAACGAAGUGAAUGAUGAUGAAGCCGAAUCAUUGAAUCAACGUCAGGGGACCGUUCCUGCACGAGGAAGUGCGCCGAGAAGAUUACCGUACAUACUGAAAAUGGUGCAAUUGUACACAUCGCUGGUGAACCGAGUAAAACAAAUGCCGAAACAUGAAACGUGUCGGCAUCCAAAUAGUUGUGCACACUAUGUGCUGCAUGGUGGCCUUAAAAUGUUUUCCAUCGGACUGGGAAUACAAAUUUCGCUUAAAUUAGUAUUGCAAAUGACACGUCUGCUCGCCAAUGGACCCAAAUACUUAAAGACAAUUUUCUGGACGAAGGACUCUCUCAAAUUGGCCGUUUUCUUGGGAGGUUUUUCGAGUACAUUUAGGCUUAUUUCCUGUCUCCUUCGACACAUCACUGGAAAAGAUAACGCACUCUACUCGAUACCAGCGAGUCUGUUAGCAAGUUUAUCAUUUGCCAGUUAUCCCGACACAACAGUCGCACUCUAUGUAAUGUGGAAAAUGCUUCAGAUCACGUACAACAUUGGUAACAGUAAAGGAUAUCUACCAACUGUGCCUCAUUUCACAUUCCUUCUGUAUUGUGCCAGUACAGCAACUUUAUUCCACGCCGCUACCUUAGAACCGUUAAACUUACGACCAAGUUACUGGAAAUUCUUACACUCUCUGUCCGGUGGACGUGUGGCCGGAAUGGAUAGACUAGCACUAGACGCAUAUGGAUUAGAAACUAGUAAACAAUUGGUAGAAAUGUUAAAGCGCACCAAAACGUCUAUGCACGUCCGAUUUACUUUAUAGUUGUAAAAUGAGUUGAGGGAUAAACUUUAACAAUUGUUGCUAAAGACACGGGUCAGAAUAAUUUUCUUUUUUCCAUGGGCUGUUUUCAACUUUAUUUGUUUUGAUUUUGGAUGGCGAAAAAUAUUUUUUGUUUUUGUUUUUAUAUUGAAUAGCGCGCAUAUCGUAGAUUUUGUACAUAAGAGUCAUUUUAUCGGAAUACAGAAACCAACAAUAAAAUA